AUGGAGGAAUAUCUUAGGGAAAGGAGGAGGAUGGUGAUAAGAAAGGAAGAAGAAAGGAAGAGGAAGAAGAAGAGAAACGACGGCCCUUUUAUAGACAAAUUUCCAGUGAAAGAUGAGACGGACAGUGAAGAUAUAAGACGGAAUCCACAGGCAUUAACUGCUGGAGACAGUGACUCUGCUGCUUCUUUCUUUGCAGGCAGUGAAAGAGACAGUGAAAGGGGACUCGUUAGCAGACACCUCCUGGUCGAGACAACAGACGACUCCUCUACUACUAUCACCAUCUUGAUCUUCUUCUUCAUCAUCAUCACUAUCAUCGUCUUCUUCAUCAUCGUCUUAUCAUCGUCGUCGUCGUCGUCGUCUCUUCAAUGUCGUCCGCUUCAACGUCUUCAACGUCCUCGCUGA